AAAAAGAGCCCAUGUUUUGGCAAGAAAAAAAUAUCACAGAGGAGCUGGAAAGGAAGAGAUGGGUUUUUCCUUUCUCCACACUUUAAAUGUUGUGGGUCAUCCUCACCAUUACACCCUAUUGGGCAGGAGGUGUCCCAAAAAUGUCCAGUGGUCUAUAAAAGUUUGACAAAAGGAGCCUACAAUCACUUCUAUUCGUAUCACCUGAAGGAGAGGAUCAACUAUGAAACUCUAUCUGGCAGCCAUCCUUGCCACUGUUUUCCUGGAGAACUUCAGCGUGCACAUUCUCAAAGGAGCCUCUGGAUCUCAGAUUAUACCACGAAGUCACUGCACAAGACUGGAAACCAAAAGAAUAAAACUUGUAGAACUAGUCAGUUACAAAAGGCUAAACAAUGAACCAGUUGUGAUACUGAUCAACAAUAAAGGCAUCAAGAUCUGCAUGUCAUCUGAACAUACAUGGGCGAAGAAAGCGAUUCGCCACUUGGACCGAAAAGCAGCUCUUGCAAAACUGAAAGGUCCUACAAGUCCAGAGGCUGUUACCAGCUAAUCUAUGAUAUUCCAAAGCAUCAUCACCUUUAUGAAUUGUUAACUGUCAAUCCAGUUUCCAAAGCAAUAUAAGUUACAAACUUUUCCAUCUAUUAAAAACAGGACUAUUUAAAUUAGGGUCAUUUAUUCCCGCCUUUAGUAUUAAUUUGAUUAUAUUGUCUUUAUUUAUAUUUACUGUGAGAUCCAUAUUACUCAAUUGUUUCUGUUGUGUGAAAUAUAUCUACAUCAUUCAAAACAAUGCUAUGAAAAUGUCCAGCAUUAAAAUUGCUUUUCCUCCCCAAACCAAUCUUUGAAGAAAAAGUCUCAGUCUUUUCCUUCCCCUCAGUCUUUCUUCUCCUGACUACGUCAUCAUCCCUUCCAUCGUAUUCCCUGAUCCCUCCUAUUUCUAGAUGAGGUUUGAAUUAGACUGUAUGACUUCCAAGAGUCAACUUUAACCACAUGAGAUGGGGAAGGAAAUAAUUUAUUGUUGUUGGUGAAAAAUUGACCAAUCUGUUGUGAAGCGAAAUUCCACUUUAAUCUCUCCCGUGGAUAAAAUGCUAGUUCUGUCAUAUGUGAGCAGUUUGAAGUCCUAAUAUAGUUGGAGACAAAAUAAAGGAAGAAGAGGUGAAAUUCUGGGAUCUUCCUUAAGAUGCAAAAACUCUUAGAAACCUAAUGAGGAAGUUGAGGACUUCCUUCCAGCCUCAAUUCCAAGGCUCCUCCAUUAACUUGUAGAUGUGUAAAAAAACUGAUUUAGUAUAAUAAUGCUACAGCAACCCCAUUCCAAGGAAUCUUAUCAAUACACUUGGUGGAGGCCACACAGCCUGGAAUUCCACACCACUGCUAUAUAAUUUUGUCAACAUGAAGAUGUUUUUUCCAGCUCUCAUAAUACUUGGUGUUAUUUUACAUGUACACACACAUAUAUCCCUACCCUCUCCCAUAAUCUGAGAUGGGUUUGGAGGGAAUAGAGAACAUUUUGUGCAUGCAUUUGUGCAAAUUUCACAUAUAAAACAAAUAAAUGGUUCUUAGAGCAAAUUAAACCUGAACUGUCCCUGAACCUGAGCUGUCCCUGAAAUUCAAAGUGUCUAAACAGAGAUCAUUGUACUUUGCCUAUAUAAUAAGACAUGUAGUAAAGGUAAAGGUUUUCCCCUGACAUUGUCUAGCCAUGUCUGACUCUGGGGUUUG